CAACUAAGCGAAAACCUGAAAAAAAAUUGUGAGACUCCAUCACAACUCAGAAAGACAGAUUUCUUUCAGUCUCACGUCGCUUCCGAUCUCCGGCCGCCGCUUUCUCCUCCUCCUUGCUUCUCAUCUAUCGCGCGCGCAUCAUCCUCCCGCUCUUCGUUUAUUACUUUUCCGAAAGCAUUUCAAAUGGUUGAUAGCAAUAUUUCUUCUGGAUCACCUGAAGAGACUCAAAAUCCCAACCCAGAUGGGAAUGCACCUUCUGAAAGUGAUCUUGCAUUGGAUAAUCUAGCACAAAAAGUUCAAGAAUCUCUAUCUCUGGAAAACAGACAUAAGUUUUGGGAAACCCAACCUGUUGGUCAGUUCAAAGAUAUAGGGAACUCUAGUUUGCCAGAAGGCUCUAUUGAACCUCCAACCCCCUUAUCUGAGGUUAAACAGGAACCAUACAACCUUCCUAACCUCUAUGAAUGGGUUACUUGUGACGUUCACGACGAGCAGAUGUGCGAUGAGAUAUACACCCUUCUUGCUAAUAAUUAUGUUGAGGAUGAUGAGAACAUGUUUAGGUUUAAUUAUUCAAAGGAAUUUCUGCGCUGGGCCCUGCAACCUCCUGGGUACUUCAAGAGUUGGCAUAUUGGUGUCCGUGUUAAAAGUUCCAAGAAGAUGGUUGCCUUUAUAACAGGUGUUCCUGCCCGAAUUCGAGUUCGUGAUGAGGUUGUUAGUAUGGCGGAAAUUAAUUUUCUGUGUGUUCACAAGAAGCUUCGAACAAAAAGGCUUGCUCCCGUCAUGAUCAAAGAGGUUACCAGGAGGGUGCACUUGGAGAAUAUAUGGCAGGCUGCAUACACUGCCGGAGUGGUUCUUCCUACACCAGUAGCAACUUGCCAAUACUGGCACAGAUCCUUGAAUCCCAAGAAGCUGAUUGAUGUUGGUUUCUCUCGGCUUGGUGCACGGAUGACAAUGAGUAGAACUAUCAAGCUUUACAAGCUACCAGAAUCAACAGUCACACCAGGGUUUAGAAAGAUGGAAAUUCAUGAUGUUCCUGCGGUUACAAGGCUGAUUAAGAAUUAUUUGAGCCAUUUUAUUGUUGCGCCUGAUUUUGAUGAAAAUGACGUGGAGCAUUGGCUUCUUCCAAGGAAGAAUGUUGUUGAUAGUUAUCUGGUUGAAAGUCCUGAAACUCAUGAGGUCACUGACUUUUGUAGUUUUUACACACUUCCUUCUACUAUCCUUGGCAACCCAAAUUAUUCAACUUUGAAAGCAGCCUAUUCAUUUUACAACGUUUCAACAACUACCCCUUUGCUACAGCUGAUGAAUGAUGCUCUCAUUGUAGCAAAACAGAAGGAUUAUGAUGUUUUCAACGCUUUGGAUGUCAUGCAAAAUGAAAUCUUUUUGAAGGAACUGAAAUUUGGACCAGGUGAUGGUAAACUUCAUUAUUAUCUUUACAACUACCGAGUAAGGCAUGCAUUAAAGCCGUCAGAGCUUGGGCUUGUGCUUCUGUAGUCCAAAAUUUGGAAAUUUAUGGUAUGGACGAAUUAGAAAUCAUGAUGAUUUUGCUGAUAGACUCUGUAUGUUUGCAUAUUAUGUGGUGAUCCAUUGUUAGACCUUAAAUUUUGCUUUACUUUUGAACAAAGUUUAAGUCCUUCUCAGAGGCAAUUCUGGAGGGUCAGUGCCUGCCAUAACUGGUAGAACUCGAGGAUUCCAAGUCCUGAUUGCUAUUUUUGUUUAUGCUGAUGUCCUUUUUAAUUUAAUUUAAGUUUUUGCCUUUUUUUAGGUCAAAAA